UGCAAUCAAAUGGCAACUAAAAAUGGCAAAAAUCUCGUAUUUCGUUUGGUUACUUAUGGUUAAGCUUAAGGCUGGGUAGGGGUUUGCCCAUAGAAGUGAAUGUUGGGUCCCAAAAUAGAUGUGAGUAUAUAGGUCUGUCUCUAUCUCUCUCUGUAUGUGAAUUAUGUUUAUAUUACAUUGUGGGGACCACAUCGGCUAGGACAGGUAUGAACGAAAACAAACGGGUUUUUUUUACCCUCCUGCAUAGUUGAUGCCCAGUCACUAGGCUGGUUAAUUGCUGUUAAGCAAAGGGUUGUUAUGUAGCCUAAGUCUUACUAUCCCAUAAAUCGGCAGGACACACGGGAAAACGAAUUGAAUACAUUGAAUACACAAACCCCUUUUUGUUUUAUUUUGCGUUCGUUUUUAUUCUGAUUUUUCCUUCUGUUUUAACUGUUUUCUUUCCCCUGGAAGGCCAAUACACACAUACAACAAUCACUAAUAACUAGCAAUUAAAAAACAGACGUAUCCAGUGACAUAAACCACCGUGUGAGCAAUCGAGUGACAUAGAGAGGCGGGCUGUUCGUACGCUGCUGGUUGAAGGCGGUACCGUAGAGAUGUUAAGGGCACGGAGCGGAUCAAGUCCGGUAGUAGGGUCCUUUGUGCAGUUACCCUGGUUUACUAUAGAAAAUAAUAAGAAAUUCCGGCCGUGAAUACGGGGAGGAGAAAGUCGCAAAAUGCACGUUAUGAUUCUAAACAUCGACAUGUAAGCACAAAUGCAAAGCCCUUACAAGCACAAACAGACACGGGCACGCCGGCUAGGGUUGCGGCAAAAACAAAUGAAUUCCUCGGAUUGUGCUUCACCGAGAAACAAAACAAAAAAAGGAGCAUCUCGCACAAGAUGAGGAAGAGAAACUGCGGCGCGGUCAGGCUACAUCCUGCCACGGCCGGCGGGGCGGCGGCUGGUAGUGACACCGCCUGGCGCUUCACAGACGGCGCAAUGAAAACCCGAAGAGAUCCCCUAGGAGACACGGAGUAAAAAGUUGCAGAGGAUGGGACCGAGAGGCUGAUGAGGGUCCCCUGUUUGUCAGGAGAGGAGCAUUGGUACAGCCCCAGUCUUUCCCAUUGAAUUGGCUCGCUCCCUGCAGCUAGCUUGCCAGCUAUAUCAAAUUUGCCUGCCCUCUUUACAAUGGGCAGGUUGGCAAAGUUGCAGGGGUCUUGCGAGGAGCAGCCAAUCCAUAAUGUCAGGAAUAGAGACAUUAGUUUUGUAGCAAAUCAGCACACCAAAUAAACAUGGAACCAGGCUCAAUUUCUGGGUGUCCUAUACUGUCCAUGAUGGGAUGCCAUGUUUCCAUUCCUCCUCGCUCUUGAGGAUGAACUGACGAUUUAAUCUGCCCCAAGGAUCUUCCCAUUGUCUUCCCCCACGGAAGGCUUAUUGGAAAGUUACCUGAAUUGUGAAACUUGCAAAGAACGUCGUUCUGAUUGGCUGUGAAGAAGUAGGCCUGGUUUUCUGGUACAUAAGCUAAGGCUUUGCAUAGCCAGUGUCAUACUGUUUGUUAGUCAGCAUAUGUGUGUGAGUGUGUGUCCAUUCCCAUCUCUUAACACGGCCUACCUUGAAGCGAGUAGAAAGUGAAAAGGAGCACGCCAGGGAUAAGCUUGAAAGCAGUUCACAAGCAAGGCUGAAGCAAUCAUGCAGUCGGACGACCUCUUCAUCCGCAAGUUCCGCCGGCAGAGUCCUCGGCCCCCCGUAGCAUCGGUCAGCUUCGACCCCAAGCGUGACAGCGGUGUUCGGACACGGAUAGCUGAGUGGCCUCCCAGAAAGGACGAGGAUGCGCCGGAAGGAGAGAGCCUGACAACUUGCCGGGUUGGGUUGAACCUGCGAGCCUUGGGCCGGGGUCACAUCAUGCAGAGGAGCAACAGUGACGUCACGCUCGGGGAUCUGGACUCCUCAGCUAAAGGGGCAGGGAAGGUAGCCAGAACAGGAGCUGAAAAGGCUGGGUCAGGAGACGCCAGGGUACUGGGGGACCCUGGGAUGGCUCUGCACAGGGAGUAUGGCAGCCUCUCAUCCCUGGAGCGGCAGACACAAGCCCAAGCACCCAGCAGUGAGGAUCAAGGUCCACUUAGCCCCUCUUCUCUACACUUCAAGGACCCUUUCCUUCUGCUCGGGCUGCAGAAUUCUGCCCCGGAUCCAGAAGGCUUUUUCCGGGGGCUUUCCACCCCUGCUGUGGUGGACACUACAAAACCGGUCAAGCCUCCUAAGCCGGAGGUGCAAAGCAAGAAGUCUAAACCCACCCCUCCUCUGAUCCCCCAGCCAGUUCCUGUUGACAACCUGGGAGGAGGUGCUUGGGUGCGCAACUUUGCGCACUAUGAUGUGCAGAGCAUCCUGUUUGACCUGCAGGAAGUGGCGUCAAGCAGAGACAGCAUCGGCCGCAAAAAGAACAUCACUUCAGGGGCUUCAGCAGCCUCCCAGUUGCGACCCCCAACCCUCGGGGGCCCUCCCUCACCUUCUCUGGGAGGGAGUGGAACUGGCAGCGCCGAUGACCCUGAGCAGUUGCUGCUGCCACUGGAUGAGGGCGACGGCAAUGGCAAUGACCUGCUCCUCAGCUGUCCGCACUUCCGGAACGAGAUGGGUGGUGAGGAACGGGCAGGGCUUGGACGGGCACGGGAGCCGGGGGGACUGCGGCCAAGCCUGCAGUGCCCCAACGAUGCCGUCUCUGUCCUGGAAGAGCCUAAGGAGAGCCAUGUGCAACAACAGGGCAAGAGCAACUUCUUCAUUGAGUUUGCUGACCUGGGAGCCCACUAUUACCGCAAGUACUUCUACAUGAAAGACCACCAGAAUUUCUUUGGCAUGGAUGACCGCCUUGGACCGGUGGCCAUCAGUUUCCGCCGGGAGGAGAAAGAAGGUUCCAGUGGUGCCCAGUAUAACUACAGGAUCAUCUUUCGUACCACAGAGCUGAAGACCCUCAGGGGAUCUGUCCUGGAGGAAUCGGUGCCCUCGGCUGCCCGCCACACCACCCCCCGUGGCCUCUCCCCCAAGCGACUGCUGGAGCACAUUAUCCCAGAGCUGAACCUGCAUUGUCUGCGGCUGGCCUCCACCUCACCCAAGGUCCGGGACACCCUGCUGAAGCUGGACGAGCAGGGGCUGAAUUUCCAGAGGAAGGUUGGGGUGAUGUACUGCCGGGCCAGCCAAAGCUCAGAGGAAGACAUGUACAACAACGAGAACGCUGGACCCGCCUUCGAGGAGUUCCUGGACCUGCUGGGCGAGCGUGUUCGUCUGCGGGGCUUCGAGAAAUACCGGGCUCAGCUUGACACCAAGACGGACUCCACGGGCACCCAUUCCCUGUACACCCGGUACCAGGACUAUGAGAUCAUGUUCCACGUGUCCACCAUGCUCCCGUACACAGCCAACAACACCCAGCAGCUACUGAGGAAGAGGCACAUCGGCAACGACAUUGUGACCAUCGUCUUCCAGGAGCCCGGCGCCUUGCCCUUCACACCCAGAGCCAUUCGAUCCCACUUCCAGCAUGUGUUCAUCGUCGUCCAGGUCCACCACCCAUGUAGUGACCGCACCUACUAUAGGGUGGCCGUGACACGCUCCAAGGACAUUCCGCUGUUUGGGCCGCUGUUCCCUAAGGGGGCACGCUUCCCUCGCUCCACGGCAUUCCGGGACUUCCUGCUGGCCAAGGCCGUGAAUGCGGAAAACGCUGCUGAGAAGUCCGAGAAGUUCCGCUCCAUGGCCAUGCGUACACGGCAGGAGUACUUGAAGGACCUGGCAGAGAACUACGUCACCACCACGCCCAUCGACUCCUCCACCAAGUUCCCCUUGCUCUCGCUAGGUGGCAAGCGCAAGGACAAGCUGAAGGGAGCGAAAGGGGCGGAGCUGCACAGUGCCGGGGCCCUGGUGUGGGCAGUGACAGCACAGGGAGACGGCAUCCUUGGGCAGAGCUUGCCCUGUCUGCUGGGCGUGUCCGCUGAGUCAGUGGUGCUAAUUGAGAGGUGUACCCGAAGGGUGGUCUUCAACUGCUGCUGCCGUGACGUGAUUGGCUGGAAGGCAAUGAUGGAUGGCAGCGGUAGGGGCGGGGCUAGUCUGGAUAUCUUCUACGAGAGGGGGGAAGUUGUGUCGGUCAGCGUCCCCGAGAGCCAAACAGAGGACAUUCGGGAGGUGGUGCAGAGGCUUGAGAUAGUGACCAGAGGCUGCGAGGCGAGGGAGGUGAUGCCGCUGCGUGAUGGAGCGGGGCAGCCCGGCUUCUCUCUGAGCGAGGAAGGCUUUGUGACGGACCUCCAACGGUUUGGCUACGCCGACAGCGGGGGCCUGCAGCUGGCCGACCGGGUGGUGCGGCUGUGUGGCCAGCCGCUGGUGACUCUGGAGGCAGAGGCCAGGGCGUGUCUGCUGCGCUCUGCCCCCAAAAUCCAGCUCACUGUCAUCCCGCCGGAUGAGAACGGCAAGCCGCGCAGGAGCUUCUCCGAGCUGUAUCAAAAGGCCAUCCAGGAUGCAGAGCGGAAGGCGGGGGAGGAGCCGACUGGGGAGGCCUGGGUGCUGGACGAGAGGGAGGAUGAAGAGGAGGAGCAGGAGCAGGAGGAGGAAGUGGUGGAGCGUGAGAAAGGGGGUGCGGAGCCUUAUGAAGGCAGGGAGGACCCACCUGUGUCAACGGCGCCAGAGGAUGGACAGCCGGGAUCCCGACCAUCCUCUCCAAGCCUCCCCCUUGUACAGGCCACCUCGCCCCAGGACCAGCCCACCACCGAGACCCUGGAAGUCAGUACCUCCCCACCGUCACGCAGCUGCUCCCAGGAGAGGCACGGCACUUACCAGGACUCUGGUGAUGGGCCAAUGAGCGAAGACGUGGACAUGGGGGCGGAUGAGCCGGCCUAUGAGAAAGUCACGGAGCUACGUGACGCCACGCCCGACCUCAUUUUGGCGGCCAAACCCAAGGUGCCACUAGACAGCCAGGAGCAGCAGAUGCAGUCUAUAGGGCUGGAAGAUCUACCCUCGUCCAGCGACCCCUCCCAGUCCCCAGGAGUGCUCACUGGCCCAGAUAGAGCCGACCGCAACUCCCGGGCCCUAAGCCUUCACAACUCCAUCACCAAGAUCCUGUCGGAGACGAGUGAAACCUCUGGGAAAGACUGGCAGUCCAUUGCGGAUUUGGCCACAGCCUGUCGGAACAUCCUGGAGGCCUUGUCCCGAGAAGAUCGUAAAACAGACGGCCCAGGGUCUGCGGAGGGCGCUAAUGUUCCGGGACAGAUGGAGGCUAAGCUGAGAGACAUCAAGGAGAGCAGCGAUUCCCCAGGACAUCUGGAGGAAAAGGUCUCCCAGCUAGAAGCCAUGCUGAAGAGACUUCAAGAAGACCUGCAGAAGGUAACAGGCUUCGUGGUUCUUCAGCCUCAGGAUGGGGGACUGUUGACGAGAUUUUUUAUGGAGAAGGAGGACAAGGCGGUCCUCCAGGCGGAGGUGCAGAGCCUCCGGCAAAACAACCAGCGGCUGCAGGAGGAGUCCCAGAGUACAGUGGCUCGGCUCAUCAAGGUGACGGAGCUUCUGUGCAGCGUCAACAAGCCUUGCUAGCUCCUCCCGCAGCUCCACCAGCGCAUCGUGCAUCCCUUACCCCCCCAGCACCCACCCCAAAAGACUGUUGACCCUUGACCCAUGUCCGCUAACCCUCUCCUCUGAUUGGCUGGCUCUGCCUGACCACGGUAUGCAUACCCACCUUCUUUCAAAAAUGGACUCCAAUAUUGCAGGACUGAGGAUCCCUACAAUGGGGAUGCAUUUGUGUGUGUGUGUGCGCGUGUGUCUGUGUGUGUGCGUGUGUGCGCACGUGCAUGAAUGUAGGUAUAUUUCCCAACUUCAACUUUGUCGGCAAGUUGGGCUAAAUAGCAAAAUGCAGAGUUUGUAGCUUUUAUGUAUAUGGUGAGAGCAUUUAUGGGAUAGCAAUAUGUUUGGUGGUUAUUUUGAAAUGUAUAUCAGAUUAACUUAAAGUCUAUACAUUUUUUUUAUAUAUAUCUGCUUCCUACAACUGGAUCAAAAGUCCUCAGUAUAUCUCCUGCAUUAGCAAUAGAACCACAUCAGAGCACAGCUGUCUGAUUCCCCUCGCGGGAUCCCUUCUGCUGUGGUAUCGGCGGGUUUCUGUUCCACUCUAUGCAAAUCUCCCCCGAGCUGAGUCUGACCUCCUGCCCGGAAUCCUGAGCAAAAGCACGUCGGACAGAUUAAAUUAUGUCGUUAGGACAUCCUCCGCUUCACGCUGGCCCUGCGAUGGUUUAGCACAUGAACCCCUGUUUCCUUGCAUAUACCUUUAUAUAUCUGGCUGGUAAUUUUUUUGUUUUCAAUGUCAUACAAAAAAAGGGAGUGGACCCAAGCGUGUGCCGGGUCUGUAUACUGGUGUCACUCCCUGGAAGUCAAUGUGACGUUGUCACGGAUUCACUCACGGACGUGGAAGGGUAUGUGCGCUGAGAAUGGCGGACGGCACUUAGGAUUUUUGCAGCCACGACAGUAGAGAGAGAGUCUGCCUCCUGCUGGUCACAUCUGUGAACGGACAAAGAUCACAAAAAGCAGACCCAAGACCGCUGUCCAAGUCAAGUGGGCUUUACAGUGGCACAAAACAGUGCUACCACAGUACCACAUACAACAGCAAUGACGAGGGGAGAGUUUUCAUGCUACCUUAAGUUAUUGGUUUAAUUCCUUCUGGAAGGCUCUGGUCAUGCCAGUGACCGUUCCCAGGCGGGAAAGACCGUAUUCACAACGAACGGCGGCCAUAUUGGUUCUAACCUACCAAAUUAUGGCUCUGUUGCUAACACACCGCGCCAAACCAGGCUACCACGAGUGCUGAGAAGAACUUGUUCACGGCAUCCUAGUCUGAGACCCAAGAUGGGUCAGAUCUAAAGAACCGAACAGAAGGAAGGACUCGUUUUCCCUCGGUGAUGGACUUUUAUGGGACUCGUUUGUGUGAUAAAGUGGGUAUAUAACUAAGUAGAUAACCAAGUCAGUGUUUAAAAGUUAAGCUCAAUUACCUCAUCAGGUGAGAGUUCAGCUUCAAGGCUCCCAUCUGUCUGACACGGCGUGGGUUUAGGGGCGGACUGCAUCCUCCCCCUGAAUCUCCGCCGGCUGGCGAGGAAGACGUCACCCUACUGACCUCCAGAAUCAUGGCACCUCGGAAUCCGUGUUCCUCCCUUUGACAGGAAUCCCCCGCUUUCUGCUGCCGGAUGAGCAAACGGAGGGCGGUAAAAGAGUGGGCCACUCGAGAGACCGUCCUCUUUGUUACCUCGGGGAAGCACGGCCAAGAAUCGAUGGGACAAAACCACCCUCCUCUAAACCCUCAAACCGCACGUACGGUGCCAUGGGGCCGCAUACGCCAAAAUUCAGGGCUUGGGUGGAGGAGACAGUGACAACAUUAUUAAUUGAGAAUCUGAGAUUAAUAUAAUGAAAGGUUCUGGACUUCUUUCUGCAGGCAAUGGAGAUGACUCUGUUGGAGUUGGAUGCACUGUAAAAACACGGGGGGGGGGGGGGG